GAGUCCAUUUCAACAAUCAUUGUUACAUUACAGUAUGGUCCUGGUUCUUCGCUAAUUUUAUCACCACAGGAGACCAAAUAUACCAGAAUAAAGGGUGACACGUUACCGGACAUCACCUGUACAGCGGACUGUAGACCUAGCUGUACCUUUGUCUGGACACGACCGGACAACACCAACUUUACUGCCUCACCUGUGUUGUCACUGGGACAGCUGGACAGAUCAGAACACGGGACGUACAGGUGUACUGCUAGGAAUGCUGCCGGGGAGUCGACUAAAGUGAUCAGUGUUAUUGUGAAAUAUGAACCACAUCCGUAUCAAAUGCUCGACCAAAACCAGACGUUUUAUUUUUCCCAGUCAGACACCAUUAUUUUGUCUUCUACAUUCAUCUCCAACCCGGCGCCAACUUUCAUCUGGACCUUCCAACCCUACAAAUCUUUUGAUGCAACGGAUCUUAGAAACGGGACGGAUGGCGUUAUUAUACAAAAUACGUUUGAGGCGAGUAAUUUAACUGCUAUUUCAGUUUUGACUCGGACCAGUUUACAAGAGAGGUGGUUUGGAUUAUAUAACGUCACGGCAACAAACAACCAAGGAAGUGCCAUGCUUAGCUUCGCAGUUCGUGAAAAACUGAACCCAGGAAUCCCAAACAGUCUGUUAAUUGUCUGUACCAAACCUCAUUCUGCUGAAGUCUCGUGGAUUGACGGAGGGCAAUCUCAGUAUUACCAUGUUAUGUUCAGCACAGACAGGUUUCUAAACUCACAAGAAGUGUAUCCAGUGAUGAUUACAAAAGACACAGACGAAAGGGACGUGUAUAGUCAAAAUAUAGAAAAUCUGGAUGGAGGUCAUGUCUAUUUCUUUAAGGUUGUCGCAUACAAUAAGUAUGGGAACACAACAUCGGCUGAUGCUGUCGGCUGUAAUGUUUAUACACCACGUUCCAGUGGAACUGACAAUAUGUAUGUCGUAGGAGUUGUACUGGCAGUCACUGGCGUUCUCACGCUUUUGUUCUCGGUUGGAAUCGUGCUAUAUUCCAGACGAUAUGGAAGACUAUGCCAAAGAAAAAGUCAGGUUCCAAAACAGAAUGAAUGCCAUGAUAUGCAACUUUCGGAUCGAGGUGGCAGACCUCAAGGCGGAAAUAAACGAUCUUCAUAUCAACAACUUGAUACUAAUGAGGUUGCCAAGCCGUCCGUGUAUUCUGAAAUCGGAGGACAUCAUCAUGUUAACCCAAUUGGUCCUGACAAUGAAGGAGAUGCUGGAAAGUACGAGUCGUUGGAGGGACGUUCGAAUGCAAACGUUUAUGAAGAACUUAACACUACAACGUCUGGUAACAGAGGGACAUAUAUCAAUACUACCAUCGCUAGUAGAGAUUAGUCUUUAUACAACAUUAUGAAACUCAAGGAAGUGAUGUUUCAUCAAGGUCUGCUUGGAGACAGGAGAUCAAGGAAGACAUUGUCCAGUUGUUAUAUUUGUGAAAUGAAACCUUGACUGUUUUACUUUCAUUGUCGUUUUCAAAUGCAUAAACACAUACAUAUAAAUAUAUGUACGUACCUAGCAUCAAUGCAUAUAGAGUAAAUAUAUAAAUCACCAAUCAGUAUCGUAAACGUGACACGAGAUACCCUAUCGAUUUCUCCUUGCACAAUGCAAUGUUAACACAUAACUUAUUAACUAAAUUGAUUAUAAAUUUAUCGUUUAUCUCUCUUAACGAUUAGAGUAUUAUCGGUAUAUGAUCGAUUUCGUAAAUACAUUCGGUAAUUUCCCUUAUAACAAGCUAGCCAGUUAACCGCUGUCGGCUCUAUUUUAGCCUGAUUUAAAAAAAAAAUAUCUAGUUGAUUUAGAAUGUGUUUUUCUGCAUAGUAGAAAUUAGGCUAAAGUGUUUUGAGCCGAUCUGAAAGCACAGUGAUGCCAUUGCUUUUUCGAACAUUUGUGUGCAAGUGAAUUGAUAUUUCCCCGAUACCAUUCUUGACAUACGUAUUGACCGCCUUAAAUGUUCUGUGUGAUACAAAAUACAAUUAGUUAGCGAUGCCUGAGUGAUGUAUCUCGGGUAAAAAGUACAACCUACGCAGUAUUCAUUAAACUAUAUGGACAUAUUAUAAACCAGUACCCUUUUGUGUAAUGAAGCCUUUUGUGUGACGAAGCCUUUUGUGUGACGAAGCCUUGUGUUUGAUACUGGGUCCCCAAACUGAUAUGGCAUGUGAUAUGUAUUCUACCAUGUGACAUUCUAUAUAUAUAUAUAUAUAUAUACAUGUAUAUCUUGAAAUACAAAUGUAAAUAAAUUGCCAUCAUUUAA